GCAAAUCAUUGUUUUGACUGAAAAUGCCGUCGGUUUCGAAAACGGYGGCCAAUGCGUCUCCUCAAACCGAGAAACCUACCCACUAUACAUACUUGAAGGAGUUCAGGACAGAGCAGUGCCCGUUGUUCCUCCAGCACAAGUGUACGCAGCACAGACCCUUUACUUGCUUUCAUUGGCAUUUUCUGAACCAGCGACGAAGGCGACCCAUAAGGAGGAGGGACGGUACCUUUAACUACAGCCCUGACGUGUACUGCACGAAAUACGACGAAACUACAGGCAUUUGCCCAGAUGGAGACGACUGCCCUUAUCUACACCGGACCACUGGUGAUACAGAGCGCAAGUACCAUCUACGGUAUUACAAGACUGGCACUUGUAUCCAUGAGACAGAUGCUCGAGGGCAUUGUGUGAAGAAUGGCCUCCACUGUGCUUUCGCUCAUGGGCCACAUGAUCUUCGACCUCCAGUCUAUGAUAUCAGGGAGAUUCAAGCACAAGAGGCCCUCCAGAAUGGUCAGUUGGGAACUGGAGACGGUAUUCCUGAUUUGCAGCCAGGUGUGCUCGCCAGCCAAGCAAUGAUUGAGAAAACUCUGACAGAAGAUCCCAGAUGGAAAGAUACCAAUUUCGUUUUAGCCAAUUAUAAAACAGAUCAGUGUACCAAGCCGCCAAGACUAUGCAGACAGGGCUACGCGUGCCCCCACUACCACAACAGUAGGGAUCGAAGACGAAAUCCUCGAAAGUUCAAGUACAGGUCAACUCCGUGCCCUAAUGUGAAACACGGGGAUGAAUGGGGYGAGCCGUCAAAGUGCGACAGUGGAGACAGUUGCCAGUAUUGUCACUCUCGCACUGAACAACAGUUUCACCCAGAGAUCUAUAAGUCGACAAAAUGCAAUGAUAAGCGACAAACAGGAUAUUGUCCCAGAGGACCAUUUUGUGCUUUUGCACAUGUAGAAAGAAUUCCCUCCACAGAGGAGACCAUGAACUCAUUGCUAACAGCAAUGAGUUCAAUACAGUCGAGUUCACAGCCCCAGCUGGGCUCUCAGCAGUUUCCAGAGUGUCCAGUCACUGAGUGGAACAGUGGAGGAAACUCCAGCACCAGUGCAGCCAGUAGCAACGGACAAGUAGGAAGUGUUUCAUGUUCUAGUAACUCAACCAUAACACCAAGCUCAGGAAGCGACAGUUUGUUAUCCCCAGUGGGAUCCAUCAGCAGGCCCAUAUCUCUAACUAAUAGUAGUUUAUGUUCAGAAUCCACCACAUCAAGUGUCUCGUCUCUGACGUCUAACUAUCCCAAAGCUCCGGGCUUUGAACGUGAGGAUCAGAUUAAGAGCAAAGGACAUAUGGAUCAAAAAUUAAUGGACCAAGAUAAACAGACACAAAACACUGUAUUCUCUCCAGUGAACCCUCUGGCAUCGAGCUUUACGUCCAGCAUAACAUCAAGUUUGGCCUCUAGUAUUGGCUCAGAUAGCUCCUCACCCACCACCUUAUCAACAAUGAAUGCAAAAGCGACUCCAUUCUAUCCAGGGAGCAACACAGUGGAGUCAGUCAUAGGAUCAGCACUGGACCUGAAGUUCAGUGACAUCAAUGUUGCCUCUCUUGAUAAGGAAUUAGAGGAGCAGGAUCACAGCUUAGGACUAGCAAAUCAAAGGGUUCUGGGUGGAUCUGCUCCUGUCAACAUUCCGGGGUCCCUGGCACGGUCAUCGUCUUUUAAUUCCUCAUCCUCACUUUCCACAUCCCCUCUAAGCUCCCUUUCCCAGUCUUUAUCGCAGUCCCUGCUCUCUGGGACUAUUUCUCAGCAAAACCAACAUUCAAACAUGCUAGCGAAGCAAGAUCAUGGCCUACUAGGAACACCCACCUCUUCCUCCCAAAACUCUCUGGGGUUGAACGGAGGAGCUAGCAACAUUUGGGAUUUCGUCAGCGGCAGCUUUUCUCCAAGUCCGUCUCCAGUUUUCAGCAGUUUGACUUCCACAAGCAGCACCGUUGACGUGGCGCGCCUUUUCAGAGAGCUGGACGAAGCCAAGAGGAAGAUCAAGCAGUGGGAGGACGCUUGGCAUCAAGUCAAACAAGCUUGUGAAGCGUGCCAGAAGGAUGCUCUGAAGGCGAAGGAGCAAGCGAAGAAUGCCGAGGCAGAGCGGCAGCUGGCAGAACAGAAAUGGGAAGAAACUGAGCGCAAGCUGAAAGAGCUCCAGGGGGACUUUGACGCGUUUUGUCGCACCUCUGGAACUCCUCUUCUUCGUAGCUACGGAGAGCUGGACCAGCUCCCCCUGUCAAAGCUUCACUCCAUCCAGAGUCAGCUACGUAAUGACCUAGACCUUAUAGACGGGGUAAUUUAUCAGCUUCAGUCAAAGAAAUGUAUAGUUUGCCAAAAGCAUGAUCGUUGCAUUGUUCUGCAACCUUGCCAACAUUAUGUACUUUGUGAUAACUGUGCACCUAGUAAAACAGAAUGUCCUUACUGUAAAACAAAAAUAUUGAAGUGGUGAUGUACAAUAACUCAAGGUACUAUUUAAAGAAUUACCCCUUUGGAAAAUUUACUAACCGAGAACACAUUUUCUAAACAGAAAUGUCUUUUUCUUCUAGUGAUUGAAUAAUAUUAGGAUUAAAUGAUGUUUGACUGAUCAUGCAAAUGUAUUAUAAAUCAAAUUUCAUACAAGAGAUUCAGUCAGUGUAGCUUAUGUUCAUUUUAUACACAAACACAUUUGUCAGCCUAAUUAUUUAAAAUUCAUAUGCUCAGAUUAAAAUUACAUUAUUCUCACAUCAUCCCUUUUUACCGUUGUGGCUAAUCAUAAAAGACUGUCCUGCUUUUCCCAAAUAACAGUUUUGUCAAAUUAUGUGAAAAUUAAAUUCAAUAUUACAAUCUAAAGAAUUUCAGCCAUUAAAACUGAAGUCAUUGCACUAUAAAGAGUUURAUUUGUGUCAUCAGUUAUCUAGUCUUGCAGCUUGUUCACUUUGUGCUUACCGGUAAUUUGAAUUUGUCCGUAAUGGAAUUUGAAGUGGUUUCAGURCAAGCAUUUAAAAAUAUGCCAUAUCUGAAUCAAUUUAUUCAAAUGGUUAGUUAAAUUUGUUACAUCAUAAUUAMAAAUAAAGAUGGCCAGGAAAAUAAUGUGUUUCUUGCACAAAUUAUUCUGAUAAUUGUGCACAUAAAAUGAGUAAAUCUCAUUGCUGAGUUUUCUCUAACUAAAUAGGAAUACAUGUAAUAAUAGUAAGGAAAAAAAAWUUAAGAAAUCUGAUGUCCAGGCACUUGUAAUAUUAAAACCAGUUUAUUUUGAAGAGCAUCCAAAACCUGACGUGUAAAAUGACUCGUUGAUAAACUUUAUUACAGCAAAAAGCACCAGUGUUUAGAAGCAAUUUUUUAGAAAAGUAUACAUUUCUUUCUUAAAGUUAAGAGUAUUUCAUUAAACAAACUUGAUAUUUUAGUGAAAGUAUUCUUCGGUAGUAAAAAAAAAGUUAAACAUCCAGUAACAAAAUAGUACUAGCUUUAAAAAAGUUGCAAUUAGCUGUGAAAACUUAUAAACAGAUGAAGUGUUCCUCUUUGAUUAAGGUUGUUUUGGUAAACUUUACAUUUUUUGUUUUAUGCAACCAGUCAAACAUCAUUAUUUUUGACCAAGUUAUUGAGGAAGUUUGAUUUCUUAUUCAGAGCACUUUGUUGACCUGGGGCUUUAUUAAUGGCUAUAUAGAGUUUUGCUUUAAGCUGCUUAGUAGGUAUUCUAUUGUGUCUUGUUUUAGAUUUAUAYUUUUUGUUUUUCUUUUUGUUUUUCUACAUAAGCUAAUGUCUGGAGCUUCUGUGUACUGUGAAACAUUCGAGUAUUUCAUGUUUCCUGUUGUUAAAAUCACAGCAUGGUUCUACAUAUUAAGAUUUCAUAGAGAAGUACUUAAUAGUUUCUACUAUAGUUAGAUUUAUAAAAUUUWAAUCAAAUAAGUACAAAUGUAAACUGCAUUGUAGGCAUAACCAGCAGCUGUAAUAUCAGUAAGGCACAUCCUACAUGUUAAGGCUGUUUUUCAAUCAGUAGGUUUUGUUACAGUAUUUAGAAAUUUAAAAAAGCCUAUUCAUUAGAGAAGCAUGUAUUGUAUUUACUAUAAGCCUAAAAUGAUCUUUUUUUUUUUUUUGUAGGAAUCUAGCCUCUUCUAGAACAUAUCGGCCUCUAACUCUAAAGUGCCUUGCCUUAGUUGAAAAAGGUUCCGUAUAGAAUUGUCAAACGAGUAGUAGAAGCUUGUGCACAGGUUUCUGUGUUUAACUUUGCAAAAGCAUCAACAUGUGUACAAUUACACGUGUAUGUAUUUUAUUGUAUCCGGCCAAAUUCCAUUAAGUAUUUCUGCAGAAAAAAAACACAGAAAACAAACGAGGCUGAAAUUGUUAGUGCCUAUGUGUCCUAAUUUAACCCCACCCCAGCCCCCCUCCACCCUAUCAGCCAGCAGCUCAUUCCUUGGUUGUGGUGCUCUUUUGGUGCAGCUUCACUCUUUGAGAUUUGGUGUUUCAGUUUUACAUUUGGGAGUAUGCAAACUGAGGGCACAUAGAAUUUGUAUAGCAACUUUAAAAUGUUUUUAAUUUAAAAAAAAAAUUUUUUUUUGAACAGUUAGGUUAUUAUUAUAAUCUUUUUUUUCUUCUUGAAAGAUUUCUGCAGUACAUGAAGAAUUAGUAGUUUACUCGUAAAGUGGGUUUUGAAUAGGAUUUGUGUUUUAGUUUCUCUAAUUGAAAUGACCUCCUACUGUGUAAAAAAAAAAAAGAAAAAAAAAUUAAGGACAAAAAAAACCUUUUUAUUUUUUAAAUUCUGUAGAAAAUUAUGUAUUUCCAAGUACACUUUUUUGCUACUUAUGAAUAUGGGAUAAAGCAUUGUUUACAUUCUCACAAAUGACAAUUAUAAACAACUCAGAGGAAAGUUAUCAAAAAAGUUAUGGUGUUUUAGCAAUUUCAUUAUUCUAUGACAGCAUAUAAGGCAGGCUAAACACUUUCUGGUAUUGCAUGUUAUGCGAUAUAGUAACCACAAAAUUCAAAAAAAAAAAGUUUAAAAAAAUUCGCACUGUGUCACACUGCCAGAACAUUUGUAUUGACUUAAUAUAAUGUAGGUAAAGCUUAAUAUUUUCUGCAAGCUUCGCUGCUACUGAAAAAGGUAAUAAUGUAGUUUCUUGUUAUACAUUUAGAUGUUUGAAUGUUGUACAUCCACAGCUCAGAUCUCAUAAACCUUGGAACAUUGUCUUUAUGCAUUUUCUUUUGACUUAUUUUUGAAUUGUUCAUUUGUAAACCAAUUUAAAACAAUGUUUAGUACUUUUGUAAAUUACUUAAAAUGAUGUCAUGGUCCUGUACUACUAUAGAUUUUCUUUUCUUUAUUUUACUGAAAAAAAAAGGUUAAAGUAUAAAAGUUUUGUUAACUUUCUUUUCUCCUGUACACUGGAUAGUGGUGUAUAGUGCAGCUAAUUCAGAGUUUUUUUGGUCUUGUUUUGCUUUGUUUUGCCUGUGAAGCCAACAUAAUUAACAAUGUUUUGUGUAAAAAUGUCCAAAUAAGCCAAAGUGGUGUCCUAGUAGCUGUCCAAAUAUGUGUUUAUAAAAGAAAAAAAAAUACACUUAAUCUGAAUUUAAAGACCAUUCAAGUAUCCGUCAGAUUAACAUGUUUAAAGCUAUAAAAGACAGUUAAGAGCACAACGUUACAUCAUAUAAAACUGAGGAAAAUGUAAUAUUUUAAAUAACUAAUUCUGUUUUGGGUGGACUUUUGCUUUAAUGUUUAAUUUAGUCAAUUUCUAAUUUUUUUAUGAGAUUUUUUUCCCUUUUGUAUUUGCUUGGGCCAUCAAUGAAGUUAAUACCCACUUUUUGCAGUUUAACCAAAGACCUGUAUUGUUUGUUUCUACUACAUUUUCUCAUGUUUUACUUCAAAACUCUAAAUUGAUUCAAUAAAAAGUAGUCAAUCACCUAGUACCUUAAACAGAUUAAAUUCAUUGAGAAGAGUUAAUGGCUUUUUUUCUACUUAAAGUUAAUGAUUAGUUAAUAUGCAGAGGAUCAAACAUGCAUUAAUCCUUACAAAAUGUGGAUUUUGUGGCGUUCCUGGCAGAUUGUGCAAUAGUUGCCGGCACAUUAAGCAAGAACUCCGUGUCAGUUUAAUUGUUGUCUACAGUGAAGGAAUGUCUUGGUUUAUGACAUUUAUGCUUCUGAAGUGGCCAUUUGAUCUUCACUACAGUACUGUUUUAAGGAUCUUUUUGUUUGUUUGUUUGUUUUAACUUGACUAAAUAAUUAGAAAAUAAUAGAUUUGUUUUAUGCAUUUGUAUGGCAGGCCUACGGUGACUGUAAGGUGCUUAAUAUUUCUGUGUUCUGUUUCUUAAAACCGUGGUCCAAAUUGAUCUUUUUGUUUAUUUUUAUUUGUUUGUUUUCUCCAAGGGACAGAAAAUGAUUGUGAAGCAUUCAUGGCAGAUACAGACAUAAAGUCCUCUUUGUGGAUCCUCAGACUCCAAAAAAACUACUUUGGCCAAUUUUCACAUUUUCUAAAAAGUCAAGAAAAAGAAAAAAAGAAAAAAACUUAUGUGGUAAACAGCCUACAUUUCUUUAGGUUUUGUUUCUUUUUAUCAACUUUAUAUCUUAAUGGACCAAUUACUUUCAAACAAAUCUGUGCCUUUUUUAAUGAUUACAUAUUGAUUGACUUUAAAAAAAAAAGAGAACUUGUUGAAUCUGAAUCAAAAUUGUAGUGCCUUAAAAUAACGUUGUGGACCACAAUGUGUUUGCUAACAGGUCCAGUGUAUUCAGACCAUGUGAGUUUAAAGAAAAAACACAAACUAAAUGAGUUUUACUUCACUAAUUUCACAAAAUGAAAAAAAAAAGUUAUGAUAAAGAUACAAUUGUCUUUGUCUGUAUUUGCCAUACAGUUCAAAAAGACCCAGCAAUACUGAAUAUACAGGUUUUUUGUUUUUAUUUUAUUUUAUUUUUUUGAUUUGGCACCAAGAUGUUUUGUUUUAUUUUGUUUAGAAAAAGCACCAAAUAGGAAGACUCUUGUAUAAAUGACUAUUGAUAUAUGUUAUCAUCAAGCUCUGCUCAUGCAUUGAAAUCGUUUUAAUCUAUUUUGCAUUGUUGUUAGUUGUUGUCUUUGUUUUUCUUUUAUUUUUUAACUUUAUGAAAAUGAAGCCAGAAGAUUUAUGCAAUCUUGUACAUGUUUAUGAGUAUGAUGUCUGAAGCUGUUCAAAUUAAGUAAAAAAUAAAAAAAAUAUAUGUAAAAAAAA